GCCUUCCUGCGUCUUGAUCAUCGCGGCGUUGUUCGCAACGUCUGCCGAAGCACACCAAGGGCCCGACCCGGUCGCGCACUGGAGUUUCAACCCCCGCAAUGUCGUUGAUGGCGUCGUGAAAGCGUCGCUUGGUCCGGCGAUCAAGCUGCCGACUGGCGCGAAGGUCGUCGCCGAUGGCCCCGGCCACGCCCUCGACAUGACCGGCGAUGGUUCCGCGUGGGCGACCUCGGCUCCUGUCGAGUCGAAGGAGUUGCCGCGUGAGUCCCUGACGGUCGCGGCUUGGGUAUCGAUUGACGAAGCCGAGGCCGAAGGGGGCGUGAUCGGCACGGUGGGGUCCGAAGGCCAAUCGGGUUGGCGCCUCGGCUACGACGACAAGGCCUUCACCUUCCGCCUCCGCACUGGUGAUGGCGAGACCGUUCUCGUCGGCACGAGACCUUAUUCCAAAGGGCGGUGGUUCCACGUCGUCGGCGUCUACGACGGCGAGCGGGCCGAGCUCUACGUCAACGGCAAGCUCGACGCUGAGGCCCGCGUCUCGGGCGGCGACCUCCAGUACGGCGACGAGACUCGCUACGUGCUCGGUUCGACCGGUGGGCCGAGCGGCGCCUCGUUGCGUGGGCGGCUGUGGGAGGUAAGCGUCUACGACCUCGCCGCGCGUUCGGAGUGGGUCACGCACGCUUUCGACCACCUGAAGGGUUUGGUGAACUUACAGCGUGACGCCCGCAGCGACGCGCUGACCAUGGUCGUCGAGCCCUACCUGCAGUACGGCACCACCGACGGGAUGACCGUCAUGUGGCAGACAACGCAGCCCGGCACGUCGAUCGUCUACUUCGGUGAGACCGAUCAAUGCGAACAGUCGGUCUCGAGCGACGACGCCGACAUCCACGAGGUCCGCAUCGAAGGGCUCGAGCCCGCGACGAUGUAUUUCUAUCGCGUCGAGACGACCAACGACGCGGGCCAGAAGGUGGCGAGUGGCGUCUCCACUUUUGCCACGGCUGUCCAGCCAGGGACGCCCUUCGCCUACGCCGUCAUCAGCGACACGCAGUACAACCCCGUUGUUUCCGGCAAACUAAGCGAGCACGCCUGGGCGCAGCGGCCGAGCUUUGUGCUCCACUCCGGCGACCUUGUCGACACGGGCACCAACGACUCGCACUGGACGCAACACUUCUUCCCCGGCAUGCAGCCGCUCAUCUCGCGCGUGCCGUUCUAUUCGGUGCUCGGGAAUCACGAGCAGAACGCCAGCAACUACUACGAGUAUGUCUCGGUCCCGGCGCCGGAGUACUACUACGAGUUCCGCUACGGCGACGCCCACUUCUUCAUGAUCGACACCAACCGCAAUGUCGGGCCCGAUUCGGAACAGUACCGGUGGCUCGAAGAGAAGCUCGCCAGCUCCGACGCGAAGUGGAAGUUCGCCAGCCAUCAUCACCCUCCCUACUCGUCGGAUGAAGACGACUACGGCAAUCUCUGGAAGCAGAACAAGAGCGCCAGAGGCGACCUCCGCGCGCGGCAGCUUUCGCCGCUCUACGAGAAGUACGGCGUCGACAUCGUCUGGACCGGGCACAUCCACUCCUACGAGCGGACCUGGCCCGUGAAGGAAGAGGCCGCGGUCGCCAAGGACGGGCCCAUUUACAUGGUG